ACAGAAAAGCAGCAAUGCGAUCAGCUAAACGUGAGUAGCCUAACGACUGAUAUGAGCAUACAGUGCACUUUCACUCUCAAACAAUGCACUGUACGAACACCCUUCGGUUCCAUGGUGACUCAUUUCAACAAAGCCACCUUAAAAAGUUUCUAGACAUUACAGUUCAUCGAGUGGAACAUGUAAUGCAUAGUUUCCACGUGCUAAAAUGUGUGCAUGUCCCCCACGGUGCCAUCAAUACACCACCGGGGGAGGCUGCACUUUCUGGAUUUCCUGUUCUGUCUUUUCAUAUAACUGCGUAAAACCACAGUGCUCAGAAUAAGUUUCCACCACUGACAGAACAACAACUAGCUUUCAUAAGACUUGAUAUGAAAUUAAUGUGCUUUUUACAUUAACUCAAGGUCGACAGGAUUCAAGAACGCUUCUUCUUCAGAAACUCACGGACUUUCACCUCUAUCCUGAUGGGGAACCGAAAAGCACAGUACUAACCAAAAUAACCAAAAUGCAUUUAUAACAAUUCUAGUAAGUCAUCUUGGCAGUUGAUGUGAGAAAAUCUCUAAAAUCUUUAAAAACCUAUUUACCCAAGGACCACAACAUCAUGGAACACAUAAACCAAUCCCAAAUCGAUUUCCAGCGCUAUCUCUUCACACCUGUCUACAGUCUGGUCUUGUUUUUCGGAUUGAUUGGAAAUCUCGGAGCUUUGUAUUACUUCAUCUUUAAAAUCAAACAGAAAUCUCCUUCAAACAUAUACAUCAUUAACCUGGCAGUGGCUGACACGCUCUUCUUGUUCGCCUUGCCAUUUCGUAUCCACUACCACCUCAAUGACAGCAACUGGAUAUUUGGCGAAGCCAUGUGUCGCAUCACCGGCACGAUCUUCUUCGCCAACAUCUACAUCAGCAUCAGCUUCAUGACCUGCAUCUGCGUGGACCGUUACAUCGCCACCCUCCACCCUCACACCUACCUAAAGCUUCGCAACACAAAUCUCCCAGCGCUGGUGAGCACCGCUGUAUGGCUGGUCUCUGGGUCAGCUAUGCUGGCAUUUAUGUUAACAUGCCCAUUAUCAAGCAAAGGAAACAUGUGUUUUGAGGGCUUCAGUCAAAAAGAGUGGAGCGACUUGGCGCCCUACAGCAUAAGCAGUCUCAUUUUUGGAUCCCUUCUGCCCUCUGCAGUCAUCCUGGUUUGUUACCCCAUUGUGGCCCGUCGCAUCGCCCGGAUCCACAACUCCACCGCCCGCGGAGCACGGCGGAUCAUCUACGCCAUCUUAACCAUCACACUUCUGUGUUUCCUUCCUUAUCAUAUCGUGCAUCUUGUAUACCUCUUGACACGCUUGGAAAACAACAAAGAGGAUGACGAGCUUUUCUUCCUCCGUAGGGUGACCAUGGCUCUGGUCAGUCUAAACAGCAUCUUGGACCCGCUUUUGUACUACUUUGCCACGGGUCACUACAAGUGGAGGCUCAAAAGUCUGAGGCUGAAGAAGAAAACGGGCGUUUAUUCCAUUUCCAAUGGCUUUUGAGCUUCUGAAAGCUUCGUU